UCUUGAGUCCCGCCCUCCAGCAGGUUAGGAGGCGGAGCUUUGGAAGGACUGUGGAGAGGAGAGGCGCAGAGCGAGCGAUUUUUUUUUAUGCUGUACGGCUCAACUACACGAGGCGAACUAGACAUGAAGUAGAGCGGAGACAAGAGCAAUGAGAGCGGCGGGGGGGCAGCAGAAGGACAAGACGAGGCUUUGACGCGGACAAUCGUCUUCUCGUCCGCCGCACGGAUACCGUGGAGCUUUGGCACGGAGCCCCGCCGAUGUGCGCACCAGCCGAUUUAACGCACCAAAGAGGGCAGAGACUUGAAAGAGCUGAAAAGGCUUUAUCGCACAAGACUGUUGAGAGUUACGCAGGCAACAUGGCUAAAACUUUGCACAUUCUGCAGAAAUCCACAGACGGUGUACCGACUGGGAUCUCCCUGGAUGUGAGCUUAAAUGUGGACGAAGGGGAGGAUUUCACGGAACAGUCGAUAGUAGGACUCUCAGAUAAAAUACCUCUGGUGAAACCGUAUUUCAAAAAGAAACAGAGGAAAUUAGAUGCCAAAUGCCUUCACCGAGCCUUGGAGGAGCCCAUUUUGACUACUCUACUCAGCAGCGACAUACCGGGGGAUGGUGUGUUUGUGCCGCGGAGCCAGGCUGGACGCACCCCAGGGAAGUUGUGUGCGGCGGCGGCAGCGGCCAAACAGAACUGCAUGGGUCCAGUAUGUGGUUUGAAAGACUCGCCGGCUGCUGACGACACUGCAUCGGGGACUGCGGUAUUGAUGCCUGCAGGCGGUGAUGUGGAGAUGGCUGAUACUACUGCGGAGCUGGAGGAGACGGAGCGGCGAGGGGAGCGACCCAAGACCGGCCUCAGGGCUUCGGGGAGCCAGUUGACAAUAACGUCUACCAGCAGGGAUGUUCCUCCGAUAGUUCCACCACAAGGUUCGCACCAGGAGGGUGCCAUCAAAAGUAAUGACCUCCAAGCCCCCGCUGUUAAAGACUGCACUGCCCUCCAGGACACCCACCCCCUACUCUUGCAACCCCCUCAACCUGAUAAAGGAGAGCUUUUUCAGGAUAAAAGUGAAGAGGCUUCCUUGGACCUAGUCUUUGAACUGCUCACCCAGCUUCAGUAUCACACACACCAGUCAGAUUCGGUGGACAUUUGUGUGGAUUUCCUCCAAGGACAAUGUGUUUAUGGUAGUGACUGUGCCCACCACCACACUGUCCUGCCCUAUCACUGGCAGAUCCACAGGAGUGACACUCAAGUGUGGCAAAGCAUCGCUGAUGAAUCCCAGGAACAGUUGGAGAGAUUGUACUGCAACCCGGACAAUGACAAAGUCAGGCUGAAGUAUCACGGGUCAGUGUUUUCCCUGGACUUUGGAGCCAUGCGGGUUGGUGACCUGAAGUUUGACCGCGUUCGCCGGCUGACCACUCCUCCCAGUCCAUUCCCCGUGCCAGGGACAAACUCAGGCCCCGCCCCCAGCUGUCACACAGUGUGGAAGUACUACUGCAGAGACAACUUUGGCUGGAGGGAAUACUCUGAGCCUGUGGUCAAGCUCAUUGAAAAGGCAACUGUAAGGGGUCUCAAGGAGGUGCGAUUCAUUACGCUCCAGAACCAGUACAUCCUGAACAUCAGGGAGGGCUUCCAGCAGAAUGCCAUGUUUGGCUUCAGGCGUCAGAUCAAAAAGCGACCCAUGUUCAUGUCGCCGGUGAUGCUCGCACCCCUUUUAGAGACUUUGGGUGGCCUCUCUUCAUCUCCACUGUCCUGUUCUUCCUCCUCUUCCACGUCCACCGUCUCAUUGAUGGAUCUCUCAGCAUCGGAUCCUCUCUCUCCGACGACAACCAACCUGCCCACCCUUUUCCCCGAGACGUGGUUGCCCAUGGCGAUGAGCCAGGACUUUCUGCAGGUGCCUAUGUCCCGUGACGACCGCAGCUACAGGACCGUAUACAGCUUGUUCCACAAGACAGUAUCAGAGACAAAGUUUAGGAUAAUCAAGAUCCUUCGAGUGCAGAACCCUUUCCUUUGGGAGAAGUACAAGAGGAAGAAGGAGUACAUGUCCCGGCGUAUGUCCGAGAUGGACCGGCUGCUGAGCGAGCGUCACCUCUUCCACGGCACCUCAGCAGAUGUGGUGGAAGGCAUCUGCAAGCACAACUUUGAUCCGCGUGUCUGCGGCAAACACGCCACCAUGUUUGGACAGGGCUCCUACUUUGCCCGCAAGGCUGUCUACUCACACAAUUUCUCCAAACGCUCGCCCAAAGGAGUUCACUGCAUGUUCUUGGCCAAAGUUCUCACUGGCAGGUUUACUGUAGGGAACCCUUCAAUGCGGCGACCGCCCCCUAUCAACCCCCGAGAUCCCUCCAGUGACCUUUAUGACUCCUGUGUGGACAACUGGGUGGACCCCCAGAUCUACGUUAUCUUCAACGAUGACCAGAGCUACCCUUAUUUUAUCAUCCAUUACGAGGAGGUACCCAGCACUGUUGCCCUCUGAGCCCACCUCACUUGUUAAUCUGCUCAGGCGGGGGGCGGUGGGUGGAGUUUGCGGCUUGGAAAAAAAAUCAGCACAGCUGUGACUUUUUCAUGUUUGAAACCUCACCUAAAAAGGUUAAAACGAAGAUAUUUGCAAAUGAUGCUAUUAUAAACUGGAUUCAAAUGGACUAGAUUGCAAGACCCAGACCGGAUUCAACUGGAAAAAACUGGACCAUUGAAGGACAACAUCUGUGUCACUCACUCAGUAUGUUUACAUGCACAGGAGACACAUGCAAACACCUUCAUUCAAAUUGGAUUGGGAAUCUAAUUAUUCCUGCAUGUUUACUCUUGGAUUCAUUGGAAAUAGCAUUUGGAGUUUUGCAAAUGAUCAAUCGUGACUAGAAAUCACGUCUUUACUGUCUCAAUCCACCAGAGUUAAACAAUACUGGUGCAAAAAAAAAAUUAAUUGUGCCUCUGGUUACCCUAAUGAACGUCAAAUGUUAAAUGUUUUGAAUAAAGCGCAUCCACAAGUACAGCAAUUUAUUCAACUCACUUUGUCAUUCAUACCUAUGGACUUUGAGAAUUUGGGGAUUUUUUUUAAGCUAUUAACCAGUAACAACACGCGACUUCAUUGGCUAAUUCAGGGCUCCAGAUGACCUUUUUUUUUUUAUUUAGGGACGUACAAGGUAAUCGACUUGCAUAAUAAACAUUGACCUUGCCUCUCAUUUUCACUGUAUUACUGAUAAAUAGUAUUAACUCCAAUGCCACCCUCUUUUCACACACGUUUGUCUGCUUUCAAAUUUGGUUGAAAUAAAAUGUACAUCAAAAGUACCCAGGAAAUAUACAAUACAAGUAUUAAUCCAAGCUUAAAAUAAAAAAAAAAAAACAAUGUAAAAAUUUGUCCUUAAUACAUUGCAUCCAAGCAAAGCAUUCAUUGGUGCCUGCGGGGUGCUGCGAUGACGUCAGCAUCCCUUAGUGUUUCACAAACAUUUCUAACCCUUCAUUUGACCCGAAAGCUUACCUCAUUUGCACAUUACUGUCAACUGUCAAAAUCAGAGCGGAGAGAGUAAGAUUAUUAAGUCACACCAGUUAGCAUGUAUCCCGUGCUAACCUGAUAGCCACUUGUGGCUUCCAUGUGGGAAAAUAACGAGUUGCAAAUGUACCAGAUUGCUUGCUUGCUUGCUUUAAAGACAAAACGUCACCAAAAAAAGUCACAUUUGGAGUGAAACUGGGCGUACGGAAGAAAGUGUGAGCCAGGCAAAAUGUGUAAACAAAAAUGGUAGCUUGAAAUGAGAGCGUUCACACAUCGGCAUCGAUAGGCUUGGACUGUGAUAUGUUUUACACGGUGCGUACUUUGUGAAUGAGCAUCCUUUUAUCUGGUCACACAAGUGCCAGUAGAUGAAAAAACGACUUGCGAUGUCUCAUUUUAUUCGCAAAAUGCAACCAAUUAGUCCGGAUCUGGAGUCCUGUAAUUGAGCUAAAAGAGCAUUGUUGCCUCCCAGUGUUGUCGAAGCAGUAUCACCAAAGAUGGCAUUUAAAUCGGGAACGAGAAGUAUCUACUGUAUGUUUGUAAUGUAUGCAUGUGAACGUACUGAGUGUUCAGAGGUGGCUGGCAAUAGUCGUCUUUAACUGUGUUUACUUAACGAAAAAGAUACUUUCUAUUGAAGAAAAUCCAAUUUGUGUCCCCCUUACCUUUUUUGACUUGGCUGUAUAUGAGUACAAAUCCACUGCAGGUGACAUUUUGGUUGGCUUCUAGGACUUCAGAAUUUCAUAGGAAGCAGCAACCAACCAACAAAUUAAAAAAAAAAAGGCUUCCACAUAACUCGAAAAAGAAAUCCCUCGUGUGUUUUUCAAGUCUACGUGCUAUGUGUUUUUAUUUAGUGGACAUCAAUCUCGUGACCUCUUCAAACCAGACAGGAGUUUUUGUGAGACUUUUCCAAAAUGGACAUCAACGUACUGUAAGCCUUCAAGGCAGAGGACUCCUACGAAGCUAGAACUGUUCUUGCUUGGCCUUGUUUGCCUUGGCGUCCCACACCACUUUCUUUGCUUUCCAAAAAGUGGGACUUGUGUACAGUUUUUGAUGCUGAGGCUGCAACAAUGAAUACCCCCAAUGAAUACAUCUCUCUCCCUCUCGAGCUCUCGAAGUGCUCUUGCUAAGAGACACGUUUGAUUGAGACAAACUGUACACACCUUCUUUGUUUAUAUUUGAACUUGUGUGCCUUUUGUUCAUAAAAAAUGUUUAUUUAUGUUAGUUUAAUGUAACAUUGAUUGAAUAAAAAAUGGAAAAGGAAAGAGAAUGCGACCGU